AUGAUCAACUUCUCGGGAACCGGCAUGGAAGGCGUGCCAACUAACACAUGCCAAGACGAACGGUCACCGCUUCUGCCUCGUCAUGGAGGUCGGAAAGCUUCAAUUCGGGUAGCACACUCAGGAUUUCUGGGCUUUCUAUGCUCUCAUGCUCUUUCACCCCUGCCUCAGAUUGAAGGCGAUGGUGAGUCGCUGCCGUCCGCAUAUCUGCCGCCAUUGCUUCUUCAAUGCCUCAUCACCGGCCUUGCGGAUGCAAGCACGUUCACUCUGACUAAAGCGUGGGUCGGCUUCAUGACUGGCAACAUGGUGCAGAUGAUCAUCAAUGCAUUCGAUGUCUUGAUACCAUCCGACUCGAAUGCGGAUGACAGCGUCGACGAGGCGCGUGGCAAACUCUAUUCCAACAUCAGUAGUCUUUUGGGUUUUGCUAUCGGCUGUCAGAUGACUGCCAUUCUGGUGCAACGCCUAGCAUCCGAGCGCACAAAACGCAUCACACUGGUGAUGAUCUCCGUUUAUAGGUCGAUCGUCACUCUGCUCGUCAUACUUUUCGGCAUCGCUUAUCCGGCAUUUCGACUAAGUGGUUCGCUUAGCUGGUUGGUCAUCUUGGUCAUGGCAUCUAGUAUGGGAAGUCAGUCGGCCUACUCGACCCAUCUCUCCACCCCCUUCGCCAACACAGUUGUAUUCACCGCAACAUUGACUUCGGUAGCCUCGGAUCUCCAUUUAGCCACGCUGCAUCUGAGCAAGCCGAAUCGUUUCAAGCUGCUGAGCAUGUUGGGUCUCUUCUGUGGAGCAGCGUUAUCCCAGGCCGUCCUCAAAGUCGCCACCGCAGCCUCGAGACGAAACAAGCAUGAAGCUGUGCAACGCGCUCUGAUCGUGCUGUCUGGCAUGGAGCUGCUUUUGGGAUUCUUGUGGUUCUCUUGCGGAAUCAUGUCCAAUUGGAAGCGCUACAAACGAGAGUCCUCAGAUCCGACAUGGAGCAGCCCAGACGGAGCCGAAGAAGAUCUGGACGCCUGA